AUGCGCUUUCUGCGACUGCGCGUCGUCGCUUUGCUUCGUAGAUACCCGCGUUUUGGUGCGACUGUUGUUCCAAAAGCAGCCCUUGCCUCCGCACAGGCAGGCUUCGCGGUCUGUGUCGCUAUUUAGUCAGCCAAAUUAAAUUGCGAGCGAAUAACUACACAAUGGCCAGGUACCUGCGGCCUCCAAACACCUCCCUCUUCAUCAGGAAUAUCUCCGACGAGACGAGGCCCGAGGAUAUGCGUCGUGAGUUUGGUCGUUACGGGCCUAUAGUAGAUGUCUACAUUCCCGUUGACUUCUAUACACGCCGACCAAGAGGAUUUGCAUACAUACAGUUUGAGGACGUCCGCGACGCCGAAGACGCGCUCCACAACCUGGACCGGAAGUGGGUCUGCGGCCGACAGAUCGAGAUCCAGUUCGCUCAGGGAGAUCGAAAAACGCCCAAUCAGAUGAAGGGCAAGGAGAGGCGCUCGCCCCGCAGCUUCUCCCGCUACGACGACUACGAGCGGGACGGGCGUCGCCGGCGCUCCCGCAGCCGGAGCUACGAGCGGCGCCGCUCCCGGAGCCCCUCCUACGAGCGCCGCCCCCGCCGCUCCGAGAGCCCCCGAGACUCCCGUUCGUAUGCCAGACACCGGAGAAGCAGAAGCCACGAGAACGACAGGUACAGACCCCCCCAGCGUGAUCACCACCGCCCGCAUCACGGGCCCCCGUCCCGCAGCCGAUCCAACACCCCCUCCCCGUCCCGCUCCAGAUCGUCCCGGGGCAAGAAGGAGGCCAAAGCCAAGUCGCGCACCCCGUCCAAGUCCCUGAGUCCUCCGCUGGAGGACUUCCACCUGGCGUCCGUGUCCCAUGGGUCCCAGAAAGACUCCCGGCUGCACUCGCCCUCCCGCUCUCGAUCCCGGUCCCUGUCGCGGUCCCGGUCCCGCUCUCGGUCCUGGGCCGGGCGUAAGUCAGGGGGGCACUAAAACAACCCCCUUAAUAACACACCCCCCCCCCCCCCCUUCCUCAGGCCUGGUCCCUGAGGGCCACAGGCUCUGUUAGUUUUCAGUUUCACUUUAAAAUCAGCCGCCGGUGCAGCCGAGAGAGUGGAGUUUGCAGUGCAGUCAGCAGCGGUGGGAGAGCGGGGGUUUCGUUUCGCGUUACCGUUGGGAUGUUCGCUUUGCGAUGGUGGGAGGUUUAACAGUACCGUUGUUUUUCCAGGUGUGUCAGAUGUGACUGGACUCUGUGAAUCGGUGAAAAUGACAAUUUGUGUACAGUAUUUAUACAGCAUCAUCUUGUUAGUCAGAAGCAGGGUGGGCACUGAAGUGGUAAGCUCAUUUGAAUCCGUGGCCUGGCUGCUUUGGAAGAAUGACCCUCAUUGACUUGUGCAGCUAAAGCCCCCCCCCCCCCCCCAAUCUCUCCUUUUCUUCUUCCUUAUCAAAGAUGUGAAAAGCAACAAAAAAUACAAAUUCAAGUCCAUUCAAUUGGCCUCUGCUCAGAAAAUUUGGCAGCAUUUUUUAUUUUUUUUAUUUUUUAAAGUUGUAUUAUAAUAUUGUUAGUAAUCUCUGUAUUCUUUGGAUGUCCUGCUUCUGAUUGGAUUACGUAAAUUUCAGAAGUGGGUUCUGUGUAAAUCGAUGGGCUGAAGGGACAUGUCCGGUUAAAGUAUUAAUGCAAACAUUUUGGGAGGGAGGGUCUUGCAUCUGUCUUGCAUACUGUAAGUUAGACUAAAUGGCGGGAUAUUUGAACCGGUCACAAUAUUGUCCCCCCUUUUUUGUUGUAUAACCUAAGAACAUCCACUUCAUCUAGGGGACUUUUGUGUAUAAACAUUAACUAUAUUCUGCUACUUGAGGUUUCUGGGUGGGGGGGGUUUUUCUCCGCUAAUGUAUAAAAAAAUGAAACUUUUUCUGUGAUUACUAACAAACUCCACUUUUUUUUUUUUUUUUGCUACUUGUCAGUUGAGAGCCAGUCUUCCGCUCAGACAGUUCGCUUGUAUUUUUCUAAGGUAUGACAGGUAUUUGCUUCGACCCAUGUACACUAUAGUAUUGUUGUCUUUCCCACAAAAGGUUGCGUUGAAAGCAAUGGUAAGAGGAAACCAGGUGAGCUGUGCUGUUCUGACAUUUUGUGAAAACACCACACUUGAGAGCAGGACAUUUUGUUGAGAACAUUUUGUUCCAUUUUUAAUGAAUAUGCAGUACCAUGUAAAAAGUUUACAGAUUGCUUUUUUUAAUGCAUAUUGAUUUCCCCCUUAAAUUAUAAUAGUAACCCUCAGAGAUAAAUGUGUGGUUUUACUGUGAUGUCUGAGGUAAAAGCCCAUCUCUAUUGUCAAGAAUGUGGUCACUGACUUUGUUCCUCAAGAAACAGCAACUAAUUUUGGUAUGUGUUUCGGUCCUGGUUUCGCCUCUUCUUCAACGGUUUAUUAAUCUUGUAUACACUUUAUUACUUAUAAACAAACUGUAAUGGCUGUGUGUUACUACUUUGAGUAAAGGUUUGCCUGACAAUUCA